GACUCCCGGCGUGUGCCCCUCUUCCAUGGCCAAGCGACUCUUCCACUCCUGCCGCUCCCCCUCCGCGGCGGAUGCGGUGGUCACCUCCACCUGCCUCCUCGCCAGCGACCACCAGUCUGUCGUCACCGGCAGUGCUGGCCAGUGCCGUAUCCCGCGCCGGCGGCCCCAACCCCCGGGUGGCUGCGGCGCCGCUGAUUACGCUACCGGCGAUAUCCCACCGCCGCGCGGACCACCUGCCUACCGCUGGCUCAAGAGCUCGCAGUGGCACGUUAUCGAGGUCGCUGGGGUCACCGACGACGACCACACGCCCCGCCUCAAGAUCGACGCGCGCCGCCGGCUGCGGCGCUCCCGCCGACGCCACCACCACCGCCUGCACCGUCGGGCGGACCCGGCGAGCGGGUCGUCGGGAGACAGUGGGUGGUUCACCAGCGACGAGGACUCGUACGCGAACAGCUGCGGUGUCGGCGGCGAGGCCGAGACGCUGGUGGCGUCGACCACGACGGAGUCUUCGUCCGGCGCGAGCGGGAACUGCGGCGGCGGCGAGGCGGACGGGGUGGUAGUGGACGGGAGCUUCGCGGUGAUUAAGCGCUCCGACGACCCCCGCGCCGACUUCCGCCAAUCCAUGGCCGAGAUGGUGGUGGGGCGCGCAAUCUACGACGCCGACGGGCUCGAGCGCCUCCUGCGGUGCUUCCUGGCGCUCAACCACCAGCGCCACCGCCGCGACAUCGUCGCUGCCUUCGGCGAUGUGUGGGAAGCCGUCUUCUCUUGCCCGACGUCGCGGCGUGGCGUUGUCACGUCCGACCCUGCGAUCCGCAAGGCGGCCGCAACCGUGUCAAAUCGUCCGUAGAAAUAUGCACGUGACACGUACGCAGUGCUAAUACUACACUGAUUAUUGGAGGUAUUUGGCUACUAGACGUACCUAAGCUGUGAUUAUAUGUAAUCUAUAUGUAGACGAAUGUAAAUUAGCAGUGGUAGCGAGUUCUUUUUUUUUUGUUUGGAUCUUCUGUGCCUCGGUUUCUUGCACUGCUUGACACCUCUUUGCGGUAGGGCAAUGAGAAACGUGACUCUUGAUGUGAUGCAACGUGAAGUGGAGUGCAUUGGCACUGUUUCUCGAAAUGGUGCAUGCGUACCCCUCGAAAAUCUAGGCUUUGUUCUAUGAAGUGGCACUGUUAAGCAAUCUCAAGUUUUAUGGAAAUAAACUAA